AUUGGAAGCUCUUUUUUAUCUAUCUCUAUUUUCUACUCUUUUUCACACAACCAGCCAUUUCUUCUUUCAACUUCCAUUCACCAUAACCAAACUAGUGUACCUCCAUCACACAUCUCUCUCUUUUCUCUCUCUCUCUCUCUCUCUCUCUCUCUCUCUCUCUCUCUGUCCUACCACUCCACUAUAAUAUUCUUUUUAUCUCAAGCGGUGGAACACUCUUCUCCACCACCAUCCAUCAUUAUCAUCAUCAUCUUCUUCUUCUUCUACAGACCAUGAAUAGUAUUUGACAGAGUUUGGCUUCUUCUGAUGGUGUUUCAAUCUCAUUCUGGAUCACUGAGCUGGUUGGUUCUCUUAAUGCCAAGAUAAAAAAGAAAAGGUUUGAUCUUUAAUCAGCCGGGGCAAUUGGGCACAGUUUCAAUGAAUCUGGCUAUGGAAUUUACUAGUGGGUAUGAGUGAGUGGUAGUGUCAGAUUUUUAGCAUAGGUUGAGAACAUGAACAUCAACAGAAGGGUCGGGACUAGGAAAGCUCGAAUUCCAAUAGCGCGAGAAAAAAGUAAUUGAAGUUUGCUAAAACUCAGAAGUCAGAGAAGGGCAGAUGAUGCAGGGAAGCUCGAGAAUCGCAAAUAAAUGUGGAAAAGCCUCAAGCAGAGAAAGAAAAUUGGCUUUGAAACAAGAUGUGGAUAGGUUGAAGAAGAAGCUUAGGCAUGAAGAGAAUAUUCAUAGAGCAUUGGAGAGGGCUUUCAACAGGCCAUUGGGAGCUUUACCUCGUCUUCCUCCAUAUCUCCCUCCAUGCAUACUAGCUCUUCUGGCUGAAGUGGCGGUUCUGGAAGAGGAAAUUGUAAGGCUUGAAGAGAAAGUUGUGCAUUUCAGACAGGAUUUGUACCAGGAAGCUGUCUACAUGUCAUCUUCUAUGAGGAAACUUGAACAUUCAGUUUCAGCUCCUCCAAAGAAGUCAAAUUCAACAAUGGAUAGUCCCAAGUUGGAAAAAUUGAAGUUUCAAUCCCAAACAGUUGGUAAUUCAGCAGCAUCAUCUGCAACUAUGCCUACCACAACUCUCAUAGAGGAUAAGGAGAAUCAAACAUGUCGCAAUUCUUCCAAGAGCAGGAAUCAAUCAUCCAACCAUAUGAACAAAUAUCCAAUCAAAAAACUUCACAAUAAAUCCCCACAGAAAAGGUUGGAUCAUCCAAAAAUAAAGCAAGAACCAAGGUUGAACGGCCAGCAAAUUGCAGAUUUGAGAAACCAUAGUACACAUAAAAGUUCAUCAGAAGCUGAGCGACCAAAUAUAAUUUCAGAAAAUAUUGUGAAGUGCUUAUCAAGCAUUCUCUUGAGAAUGAGUGCUGUGAAGAAUCCAGGUUCUGCUUGUGACAUUCCACACUUAUGUGAUCUAAGAACUAAAAAUUGUGAUGAAGGAACAGAGUUUGUGGAUCCAUAUGGCAUCUGUUUGGAAUUUGGGAAGAGGGAUAUCGGUCCAUACAAGCAAUUAUGUGAAAUUGAUGCUAAAUCGUUCAAUCCAAAACGAACUGCAAAUACUUUGUUUUUACAGCAUCGUUUGAAACUUCUUUUCAGGAAACUAGCCUCUGUCAACCUAGAAAACCUCAACCAUCAGGAGAAGCUCGCAUUCUGGAUAAACAUCUACAACUCCUGUAUGAUGAAUGCAUUUAUAGAAAAUGGCAUACCAGAAAGUCCUGAAAUGGCUGUUGCACUUAUGAGGAAGGCAACAAUAAAUGUGGGUGGACACGUGCUAAGUGCAACAACCAUAGAGCACUUCAUUCUUAGACUUCCUUAUCAUUGGAGAUUUACAUUUUCCAAGGGAACAAAAAACCAUGAAAUGACAGUAAGAAGCAUGUAUGGACUGGAACUGUCAGAACCCCUUGUUACAUUUGCUCUCUCUUGUGGAACCUGGUCCUCUCCUGCUGUGAGAGUUUACACUGCAUCUCAGGUUGAGAAUGAACUGGAAGUGGCCAAAAGAGAGUUCUUACAAGCAGCAAUUGGAUUUUCAACUUCAAAGUUUGUUCUCCCUAAGCUUCUGGAUUGGUAUUUACUGAACUUUGCAAAAGACUUAGAAUCAUUGCUGGAUUGGAUCUGCCUCCAGUUACCAAGUGAACUUGGGAAACAAGCCAUAAAACUCAUAGAGGAAAGAAAAACUGAGCCCCUCUCACAAUUUGUACAAAUAAUGCCAUAUGAGUUCAGCUUUAGAUACUUGAUAUGCACAUAA